AUGGCCGAAAUUUCAUCAAUUUUAUGUUUUAUUGAAGCAGAUGAAGAAAAUGAAUUUAAUUUCCAUUUUAAAUGUAAUGAACAUGAAGAGCAUGAAGAACAUGAGGAGGUUGUUUUAAGUGACAAUUUGGAAAUAAUCAAUGUUAAUCAGAAUACUAAUACUUUUAUUCAAACUGAUAACAUUGAAGUUGACAAUGGUGAAAAUAGCAGAAGACAGUCUACAAGCAGUAGAGGAAAUAACAAUGGUAAUCAUUUUCCACCACCACCACCUUUUUCUCCAUUAGUGCAUAGAUACAAUUUGCAUGAUGCUAUUGUUAACCUCAUGAAUUAG